AUGCGCUGUCGCUUACUCGCUCCACCGACGGCGGAACCGGGAACCAAAGACGAAGAGGCAAACACGACACACGAGGAGAGGAUCGCCAGGGCAAUCAUCCCAGUCACAGGCACAGGCUGCGCUUCCCCCACUGCAUUGCAGAGGAGCGCGGAACAAAACGUCGACGCGAUGAGUGCAUCGUCAUCGGCGCGGAAGUUCAAGGUCAUUGUGCCAUGUACCUCCUCAAACAUCGGGCCCGGCUUUGACGUCGUUGGCCUAUCCCUGUCACUCUACCUGACCCUGUCGGUCACCGUAGAUCCAUCAGCAUCGAACCGAGCGCCAACAUUGGCAUACACAGGGGAAGGCGCCGCGGAAGCACCUCUAGAUCCAUAUAAGAACCUCACCACGCGGACGGCACUAUACGUCCUCCGGUGCAACGGCGUGGGUAGCUUCCCACAUGGUGUCUCGAUACAGGUCCACAAUGAAGUGCCUUUUGGACGAGGAUUGGGAAGCUCCGGUGCGGCUGUCAUCGCUGGAAUUCUGCUCGGUGACGCGCUAGGGAAGUUGGAGCUCCCCAAGGAGAGACUGCUCGACCACGCGCUCAUGAUCGAGCGCCAUCCGGACAACGUCACCGCGGCUCUGAUUGGCGGAUUCGUUGGAUCGUACCUGCUCGAGUUGUCGCCAGAAGAAACAGAGGCAAAGGACGUGCCGCUUUCCGAAGUUCUGCCCGAGUACCCACCGGACGCCGGGGAAGAAUGGGGCAAAGACCCACCCACACCGCCGCAUGGCAUCGGGCACUUCAUCCGCUUCGGCUGGGCAAAAGAGAUCAAGGUCAUCGCCAUCAUUCCGCAAUUCGAAGUCAGCACUGCUAAAGCAAGAAGCGCACUGCCGAAGCAGUACUCGCUCAAGGACCUCGUGUUCAACCUGCAACGCUUGGCAGUGCUCACAACGGCGCUGGCACGCUCGCCACCGGACGAAUACCUCAUCUUCCAGGCCAUGCAAGACCGCGUCCACCAGCCGUACCGCAAGCACCUCAUCCCGGGCCUUCCACGCAUCCUUGCAUCCGUCACGCCGCAGUCACACCCCGGCCUUCUCGGCAUCUGUCUCUCAGGAGCAGGCCCUACCAUCCUGGCGCUGUCGCUCAACAACCAAGAAGCUAUCGCUGAGACCAUUUGCGACGAGUUCAAGAAGGAGAACAUCGAUUGCAAAGUGCGCUUCCUAGAAGUGUCCACCGAGGGUGCGCAGGUUGUGGAAGAGUAAACAUGGGCACCGCAGCUCGACUCUGCAAGAAAAGAACAGCGAAUCGCUGAUGAAAGGGCAAAUGUGUGGGGGCAAAGGGCUUGCAGCACCAAAUGUGUUCUACUCCGCUGCAGGAAGAAAGGAUUCCUGGUGAAUGGGUAUGAGUGUAUGCAUGCGUAUUACAAUUAAUGUGAUUAUAACUUGGGCGUGCAAUAAAAAGCCGGCCGUGGCCAUUCC